AAGUCUCUGUGCCAUCGACAGUGAGAAUAAUAUAUUGUUAAUGAGCUGAAGGCAGUACGUGAGCGAGUGUGUGACUGACCACAGUCAUCCGGAGAGCAGUGAGAUUGCGUGGCUCAGGAGUUGAGGAGUGACUAAGUCUCUGGCUGGUGAAAUCCGUGGUGUUGACAAAGCACUUUUGCGAAUUGUGGAAGGGCGGUCUUUAUUGGAUUUUCUCCCGCAGCGACCGCGUGAUUGUCGUUGGGCAGCAAUCAAUAGGGUGGGCCUAGAGAGCACAUUUCCCAGUGCGCCGAAGGCUCUGCCGCUGCACUUUCUGCGCCCCCACAGCACACUCAAAGGGGGGUGAGUGAACACAUCUCCUUCGCCCACUCGACCCGGUGCUGGGCGCGCGGUGUGAAAAUGCGUGCGCCAGAGUGAGAAGCAGCGCGUUGACGACAAAUACUCAAGUGAAUGUGUGGUGUGACUUAUCAGUGAGGGUAGAAAAGGGAGGAACAAUCGAUCGGCGGAAAAGCCAGCCAAGUGUCUCUCUGGUGGGGUGCAGAAGGGAAAUUCCUGUGUGUCUUUUCUCGCUGUGUGUGUGUGUGUGUGACCCAAAUAUCGCAUAUGCCAUCGUCAAGUGCAUCAACGUUCGGUAAGAGUACCACCAGUAUCAGCAUUAGGCGGAGGCCGUUUGUGUUCCUGUCCAAUCUGCUGCGUCGCCGGAAGGUGCUCGAGAUCGAUGACAUGAUGUUCGAGCGGGGAAGUCGCGAGAUGAACCAAAGGGCGCGCUCAGAACCGUCAGUGAUAAGCUACAGCUGCACGCAAAUGAAUGCCGCCACGAAAGCGGCGUCGCCGUCAAUUUCCACGCUCACACUCACGCCGGGCCGCUGUCGGGAUAUUGAUCAGGACAUGCAGGCGCUGCGGCUGUCGCGGCAGGACAAUCCCUUCGUGCAGAAGAUCCUGGCAAGUCGUGAGAGUCUCGUGGACACGCUGGAGGACACCGUGUCGGAUGACGCCAUUCUCAUGUCGCAGGAAUUCAAUCCAGAGCUGGAAUCUGAUCCUUUCACACUGCCCGAAGUGCAGGAGCACAUGAUCAGAUCUCCGCCGCCCACCACGUGGCCGCGAUCGCCACACUUCAGCAUAUUCAAUUUCUCCCAGGAAAAUGUUCUCACCGUGAGCUCGCAGAGCAGCGAAGAGGACUCGCCGAACACAAGAUCCCGACUGAAUGAGAUUUUCUCACCGAAUCGACAGAUUCAGGUGACCACGGCUGAGAUUUCUCCGGCGCCAAAAAACGGAUUGAGCAAGAGCAGAAACUGCGUGCUACUUAAAGAACACGGCGGAACUGCGCUUCCUCGUCCACACAGUGCUCAUCAUUGUGAGACAGAGCGAUCAACAAUUCCUCGUCCUCUCAGUCACUAUGAAGGACCUUUGAGUGUGCGAAACUUCAAAUAAAAAUCAACCUUUCGUGUGAUGGAGAGCGAGCAUGAUUGAAGUAGAGUAGCAAUUAACUUCUGAAGACAAACUUGAUAUUCAUUAGUCAGAAACAUAUUUAAGAGAUAUAUAUCAAAUGAAUUUAUUUAUGAGAGAGAUUACUUGUGAUUGUUUUUGGUUUCUGUUGCCAUUCCCAAGAUGAGAAGAAAAGAAGUGUAGGUAAAAUAGCCGAGUGAUAUGACAUUAUAUGAAUUAUAAUAGUGAAUUGGAAUUGCUGAUAUAGAUUAUCUCUAAUGCCAUUCAAUUGAUAUGAGAUGAGAGAGGAGAAGAAAUGCAUUUGAGAGACUUUGACACGUUGAAUAAUAUUUGAUAUUUGGAGAAAAGACAGUUGAAAAAUUAGUCAAUUUACCGGAAUUUUGAAAGAAAGAAAAAGAAACAAUUUAGGACUAUAAAUACUGUUCCACAUAGAAUUGCAUUAAUUUAUAUAUCAGUGUUGACUAUUUGCGAUUGGAGGUGAAAUUGUGCGAGAGAAUGAUCUAAAUAUGUAUUUAAAAACCGUUUAUUCAAAUCGGACAUCAGGGAGAAAUGAUUUUCUACAUCGCAGAGUUUGUAAACUUAUCGCGCGUUUCAAUCCGCAUUAGUGUGUCUUUUUCCAUAUAUUCCAAAAUUUUUGCCACACACACAAAUUUUGUUCUUUCGCCGUUGAACUUGAGAAAAAGAGAAAUAUAAUAAAAAUGUAUGAUGGAA